AUCGGGGAUAGUGGCCAACCCAAACUCGCGGAACCUUACUGUACUAAGCGCCUGCCAACGCCGUCAUAGAAUACGAGUAUCGAGGCAUGAUACGCAAUGACUCUCGCUUCAUGGGCCAUCCCGGCCCCGAAUGGGAGAAAUCGAUGCACGAGUUGAUGGCGGGAACCCUGAUACGGAUAUCUGAGGAGGAACUCGGGUUGACGGGUUCCGACUCAAUACCAUUGAAGAGCGGCGGAUACGCCGCGGGGCUUGGUGUUGGCCAUAACCUUCACUGUGUGAAGCAAAUCAAGAAGUUCCUGUAUCGUGAACACUUCUACCCCGACCUAGAUCCCCGCGGGGAGGAUUUUGACUACCUCCAAUCCCAUGCAGAUCAUUGUCUCGACUUCAUACGCCAAGGCAUUCUUUGCCAUUUGGAUUACUCUUUGUACACUGUGUACUGGGGCGAGCGCAGACAGGAUAUACCAACCCACCGCGACCCGCCUGUGCAAAAGUGUGUCAACUGGGACAAGUUGAAGGCCUGGAUGGGGGAAAGGGCGGCGAAUACGGAUGAGUUAGUGAGGCCAUGAUAGGCCGUGGCUGAGCAGGCAGCUUUGCUCCCCGGUCACAGCACUAAGCAAUGCAAAUUCAUCCAUGAAUGGUCAUCACGUAUCGCCCGAG